AUCAAAAGCAAUUACGAUUCCAACAGCCCUCCUCAACAACAAUCACACUUAAUGUCAUAUAGUAGUCAAGUCAGCAAUAUUCAGUUCCUCCAUUACCAACUCCAGCUCAACCAAUGUUAGCACCAGUUAUGUAUACUUAUCAAAAUGGGAUGGCUUUUUUUAAUAUGCCAAUCAAUGGGAAUACUGCUGUAACUCCUCAACCUCCUGGUCCACAAAACUCGUCAUCAACCGAAUCCCUCCCUAAUGUAUAUGCAGCUCCUUAUGGAACACAAAGUACUACUAGCAUGCAAGGUUAUAGUGGCCAACCUAUAUUCUAUCCAAAUCCAGUACCUCAAGUUCUGGUACAACAAGCUUACCCUAACUUACCAGUGAGCUCAGUUUGUAACAAUACUCAAGGAUCAAAGGUUCUUUUUUCGAUGCCUUGUGAUACACCUUAUUAUUCGGGAACUCAAAUGUCUAAUAUGAUACCUACUCCUGAUAUGGCCUAUCCCAUGCCAGUCAUGUCACCAUAUAUGCCUUAUAUGGUCGCAACUUCUGAUGGUGGUUAUCCAUAUUAUGAUCCAGUCAUGGAAAAUAUUCAGCUUGUUCAUCAACCGGUAUUUACUGAACAGUGCGCAAAUCCUAGGCCCCCUUCAUCAGAUGCUUCGGUAAUUAAAUAAUUUAUUACUAAUAAUUUUACUUUGGGGCUGAGCGAGUUAAUAUAAUUUGUUUAAGAGGACGUCUUGCCCGUAUAUGUUAUCUCUGUCUUACACGCGUACGACAUACUAAAUUUUACACUCGGCAGAUCACUUUUAGCUUCAUUAGUUUAAAAAUUAGAGUGAAUUGACCUCUUAUAUAAUUUAAGGUAAGAUUAUUUAAUUAUUA